AAUAUGAUUCAUUUAGAUACCUGAUGACAUUUCUUUACCUUUAUCAGUCCCUUCAACAAUCAUAUCAUCAGAAUUAUCACCAAGAUCAAUAUCAUCAUCAUCAUCUGCAGCAUUAAAAACAAUGGAUAUGGAAACACAAACUUCAACUUUGUUCUCCAAUGGGAUUUUCAACUCAUCAGGCGGUAUUAGAUCAUUUGAUCCAUUCAAUCAUUCCAUUUUAUUCCAUCAACCUAUGACAACAGGAAUUAUACCAACUAUUACCAACGAAGUUUCUUCACCGUUCUCUUCCUCAUCUUGUUCUUAUUUUGGUGAUCAAAUGUCCUCUUCAUCAUCAUCAUCAUCUUCUUCUUCUCCAGCAACGGAAAUAGAUGACGACCCAUCAUUUCAUUAUUUAAUUGAUAUAUUGGAUGAUUAUGCAACGAACGCAACAAGCAGGAUGCAACCGGACUCUGAAACACAACGCUCUGUCACCAUCAAUGUACCAAAUGUAACCAAUCUAGGGAGUGCUCGCAUGACACAUCAUUAUCAAUUGCCCUUUUUAUUCAAUUCCAUCAACAAUAAUAUUUGGUCUAAUCAUUUAUUUCGUUAUCAUGAACCUUUUGAUGAUGAUGAAUUUGAUCCUACUCAACCUUAUCCUAGUCCACCAUCCAGUACUUCAACAACUUUUCACUCUCCUUUAUCCUCAACAAAAACAGCAAUUGAAAUGUUAUUGGACUUAUUACCUCAAUAUACAGAACAACAAGUGAUAUCCACAUUGUCCAAGGCAAAUUACGAUAUGGAUCGAUUUUUGGAAUUAUUGACGACAAAUGGAAAUUUAUCUUAUUACAAGAAAAGGCAAGUGUGUCGUCAUUUUCUAUUGGGGGAUUGUCAUCGUCACGAUUGUCGAUAUGCUCAUGAUAUAAGUAUUAAGGUUUGCCGAUUUUGGUUACAAGGUUGUUGUUUGAAAGGAAAUCAAUGUGAAUUUGCUCAUAGUGUUGAAUCUAUCAGUAUCAUUCAACAAGAAGAUCCUAUUAUAUCAACAAAACGAUCUGGUAGGAAAAAAGAAAAACAACAUGGUAAACGACAAGAUCGUAAAAAAUCAAAACGAAAAUCCAAUUUGAUCAACAAUGUCACACCGAUCGAUUCAACAAAAAAGAAUGUUUUGGAAGAUGAAUUCCCUGCUCUUUUGAAAAAUGCAUCUGGUGAUACUUCAAGAAGAACAAGUGCUCACGUGUUUGGUGAUAUGUGUCCAACUAACUUUGCUCAGGUGGUGGCCAAUAGCAAAAGGUGAUCAACAUUUUGAAAAAAAAAAAAAUCUUUAGUAUAGUUAAUUAGAUAUAGCUAUCAAAAAUUGAAUAAAUGAAAUAAAAAUGAUGAUUUGUUGGUAGGACGAAAC